AUGAGCCGGCACACGCCUAAUGGAGAUGCUCUUAGUCUAAAAAUUCUGGCUGGACAAAGAUUGACAGCUUCGCCUAUUGUAGCUUGUCCAUUUCCAGGUGUUGAGGUAGUCUGUCCAGAUAGAGCUUCCAUGGAGCACGAGGUGUUACCAGCUCUUAUUAGUGCUUUUAGGAAAGGGGACAUGGAGGGCACGAGAAAUCUAUUGUGAAUAUAACUCCAGCUUCUACUUGAUGAUUUUGUUGGUAUCUUGCUUGAUGACCACCCGCAGCUCAAGAAACGUGUCGACCCGCGGCUCAAGAAAUGCAUCGACCUGCUGGAUGCUUUGGUCAGGACGACCCUUAAGUGCGCAAGCACAAUCAGAUCAUGA